CAUGAACAAUCAGCAUGCCUGAGACCGUCCUCCAGCAGUGAUGCCGGCCUUCAGCCCUCCCACUCCUCUUCUCUGUGUGCUGCUGUGUGUGUCUGUGGCUCUGCAGCGAUCUGACCUCCGCCUGGCUUACGUGACCCACAACAGCUUCUACUACUACUCCUGCAGCCAGGACCCGCAACCCUGCAGUGUCUCAUCGCUCACAGACUGCAGAUGCAAAGACAUCCAGCUCUCCACGCUGCACCGCCCCCACUCGCACUCCUCUCCCGUUUUCCGGAUGAGACGUUUGACUGUGUGGUUCACGUCGCCGUUAAACACAGCACGCCUGCUCAACAACUCAGAGGUGAGGCACCUCACACUGAUCCACUGUGGACCUGGAGGAUUCAGAGAGACACCUUCUUCUUCUCUAGAGGGACAUUUUGCUGUGCAGCACCUGGAAAGGCUCACGGUGGUGAACCUGGCGCAGAGGCCAGUUCACAACUGUCCAGAUGCAAACAAAGCAAAGAACACAGACUCAAACAGCGACCCCGACGGAGAUAAUGGUGCGCACCUUGGCACAAAUAGAUACAACAGGGAUAAAGACACAAACCUGGACCUGAUUGUGGACAUGAAGAGAGAUUCCUCAGCUUUGUCCUCACCCCAGAUCCAAGACAUCCUCCUGGGCAGAGAGCUGGGAGCAGCGUUUCACGAACAGGCCAGACUGGGGAUCAUCCACAGCUCUGUGCUGCAGUGGGGAGCGGUGGUCAAAGCCUACACAGUUCAGACACACAUAGACAAUGACGGUGUGCUUCCCUUCCCUGACCUCCACCUGCCAAAGCUACCAGAGACAUCUGUCAUAUAUGUCAGCUUUGUGUACUAAGUUAAUACCCAGGAGGAAGUGUUUUGGGGGUCUUUUCUGUUGCCUCUGACUCACAUGGGUAGCUGUAUAACUCCAAAGUAAACAGACAUUUAUGCACAUAAAUGCAAACACACCCAAAACUAAAUUAGAUUUUUCUUGUCCAAUUGCUUUAAUCAUAAUUCCCCCAAGUGGCCUAAAACUUUGCACAGCUGUUUAUCAGCAUGUUAGGACUUAAUACGUCAGCUAAUGAGAGACCCUCUGAGGGACCAGAAAAGCUGCCAACCCCCUCCAGCUGACGUGUCCUUUGUUUCUAAAUGUUGUUUAUGCUUGAGUUGAUGGCAUUAUUACCAAAAUGAAGACACCCGCACACUGUCUUCGAAGAAACUUUAAUACAACAUUGCCUCUCAAAUAUGAUAGAUAGAUAGAUAGAUAGAUAGAUAGAUAGAUAGAUAGAUAGAUAGAUAGAUAGAUAGAUAGAUAGAUAGAUAGGCUGUGACUGUGAACCCUGCGUUCUGCAUAAAAGGAAGGUCUUUAUCGAGCAAUUGAAGACAGUCUGUAAGUGUUUUGUCUUGUUGUUAACCAGUUGAGCAUUUAUUCUCCCCUUGAUUUUUCCUCUUUACACAAAGACAGAAACUGUGAGGUUCCAGCAUGAUGUGCUCCAGUUGCUGAAUCCACACUGAAUAUAAAGCUGUUUUUUCUAGCUUGUCAUAAUGCCACUUUUGUCAGAUGUGAAGAACAGAAGGCUUCACUUGCAGGCCAAAAUGUUAUCCCAGGAGGGAGGACUCUGAGAUAAUUUGGACUUCACUGCAACAUGAAUCACUCCUAAGCCCUUCUUUGGCAUUUCUACAGCUGACCUUUGACCUCUGACCUCUGGUCCCUGAGUAACAACAAGCAGAGACUUUCUCCUGUGGGAUCUUGAAUCAUCCUUGUGUGAUACACAUGUUUGCUUCCAGAGUGAAACCACAAGGUGGCAGCAGAUACAUUUGAGUUAAAGAGGAAGUGUUGAGGAGGGACUGAGCUGACUGACAGCAGGAAGAAAACUGUUUUUAUUUCUUCAUUUUGUUUUUAAAGUCUACAACUCUUGAAGAAUCCAGUAAAUGUUAAAUUGAACAAAUGUGACAUGAUGCAUCUCAGCACUUUAAAGCUUGUGUGGACAGUGUUAUAAUAGAGGUGUAUUGUUAUAAAAUAUGGCACGAUAUUUAUUCGUUUGCAAAAAUAAAAUUUACAAUGCCAUCACUUGUAUUUGUUUAAAA